AUGACUGAAGAUAGGAAAAUAGAUAAUUUGAAAGGGACAGUCGAGGAGUUAUAUGGAGGAACAAUAAAUAACACAAAUCGCCUUUUGCUGUCUAAUUACAUUUACUCUAGAAUUGCAAGGAGAGUCGGUUACGAUUAUUCGCCCAAUUACGGAUCGAGCGGUGGCGGAUUUAGCAGCGGAGGCGGUGGCGAUGAUGGCGGAUUAGGGCUCGGCGCCUAUAACACUGGCGAAGAGGAGCACCACCAUGACGAUCACCACCACGAUGACCACCAGCACGAUGAUCACCACCAUGAUGUUCACCACCACGAUGAUCACCACCACGACGAUCACCACCACGAUCCGGGCUACUGGAAGAAGAAGGUCCAGUGGAAAAAGGGUUGGAAGAAGAUCUGGAAGCCGGCGAAGAAGAAAAUUUGGAAACCUUCGUGGAAGAAAUACCACAAGCCGAUAUGGGUACCAAUCAGUGUUCCAGCUUGGAAAGAGUACCAAGUUCCCGAUUGGAAACAAGUGUGGAAGCCCGUUUGGAAGGAAAUCCAGGUGCCGGCGUGGAAAGAGUUUCAGGUGCCGGACUGGAAGAAGAUAUGGAAACCGAUUUGGGUGCCGGUCAAGGUGCCCGCGUGGAAAGAUAUAGAGGUACCCGCUUGGAAAAAAAUCUGGAUACCCGUCUGGAAAGAAAUCGAAGUUCCCGCGUGGAAAGAGAUCCAGAUUCCGGCGUGGAAGAAAUCCUUCGUGCCGGUUUGGGUGAAAGAAGGUGUGCACGGCGAGCACUACCUCGGAAAGGACCACCACGGAAACGAGUACACAGCACACGACAUUUGGAAGAAGAAGCUGAUCUGGAAACCCGUCUGGAAUAAGUACUGGAAGACUGCCAAGAAGGAGAUUUGGGUGCACGACAAGAAGUUAGAGUGGAAAGAGUCGUGGAAGCAGAUCUGGCGGUCGGCCAAGAAGCAAGUUUGGAUCGAGGAUAAAAAACUCGCGUGGAAAGAGGCGUGGAAGCAGGUCUGGAGGACCGAAAAGAAACAGAUUUGGGUCUCGGACAAGAAGCUAGAGUGGAAGCCGGCCUGGAAACAAAUUUGGCGGACGGAGAAGAAGCAGAUUUGGGUACCCGAUAAGAAGUUGGAGUGGAAGGAGGCCUGGAAGCAGAUUUGGGUGCCGGACUGGAAGGAGAUUUGGGUACCCGCGUGGAAGGUGAUUUGGAAACCGGUCAUUAUCCAGGAGUGGUUCCCGACUCCCGACCACCACGACGAUCAUCACCACGAUGAGCACCACCAUGUCGACCACCACCACGGUUGGGAUCGGAAAGACAAACAAAGCGCUUCUAAGAGAAUUACCAAAGACGUGAGUGACGUACAAAAAAGUGCCGUGAACAAUUGGAAGUUUCCAGGAGCGGCUUAACGCCCCAGUGGUACCGUUAAUUUAUAUUUAAUGUUGUUACUUGACUGAUUUUUAACAACUGUAUGAAUGUGUGCUGUGGCUCUGUGAGCAAAUUGUUAUUGUUAUUCCUGCAAAUAUACCUAGACUUACAAAAUCGUUAAAUGGGCGCGUUUCUAGUAUUAUGAUUAUUAGUACAAACAGGUUCGAAAAUUCUAGAUCACUUUCAUCACUUCCUUGCGUGCACUUCCUCGGCCAAAAGUGAAAGCAUGCCCGACCACUUUUACCCACGCAAGUAAUUGAUAUAAUUCAAGCUCAUUUCUAAUUUUAUUAUCCUGAUUAAUUUCUAACGUAUGCAAUUUCUUCACCAUAAAUUACCGACCCCUCACUUUUUUCGUCUCGUAAAAAAGAUAUGACGCU